CAUGAAGUGGAUCAUGGUGGUGUCAGCCAGCUGCCUACAGAUUCAGAGGAGACCCUUGGUUUGUGCACCGAGAAGAUGCAAGUUCCUGCUCAGURCAGCUGGAGUGCUGACUGGAGCUUUUGGCUCUCAAGUUCCACUUACAAAUACAGGAGUGAGGAAUUCAAGAGACAGUUCUCUCAUCUGCCAGAGUCGGAGAGACUUGUAGUAGAUUAUGCCUGUGCGCUCCAGAAGGAUAUCUUGCUGCAAGGACGCUUGUAUCUCUCGGAAAACUGGCUCUGUUUCCACAGCAACAUUUUCCGAUGGGAGACCACAAUUUCUAUUGCCUUGAAGGAUAUCACUUUCAUGACAAAGGAGAAGACCGCUCGGCUUAUUCCAAAUGCCAUACAGAUAGCAACGAAAGGAGAGAAGUUUUUCUUCACGUCAUUCAGUGCAAGAGACAGAAGCUACCUCAGCAUCUUCCGCUUAUGGCAGAAUGUGUUGCUGGAUAAGAGACUGACCAAGCAGGAAUUCUGGCAGCUGGUGCACCAGAGCUAUGGCUCCGAGCUGGGCCUGAAUACUGAGGAGAUGGAGAAUUUUCACUCAUCCUCCGAGGACAACGGGCAGCCUCGAUCCAGCGUUUGUGAUGAAGCUGGAGAAAAGGAUGAAAAACAACCUAAAGCGACCGUCUCCRCUCGGGACCCCCCGCUCCAAACAGAAGGAGAGCCGCUCAACGGGCACACGGCGCCRGGAGUGGAGGAGUCCCCGAGUGAAAAGCAAAUAAAGAAGAGCCCUCUUCCAUCUUCAGAAAGAAAACCUGUUAAUCUAGUCAGGAGCAGGUCCUUAGAAAAAUCCUUGGAUCUGAAUGAGAAUGAAAACCUUCCAGAGAAGAGCAGUGCCUCAGACAGUGAAGAAGUGAAGGAGGCUGUCUCUGAGAAUGAUCUCUAUGGGAGAAUUUUUAUAAACAGAGUUUUCCACAUCACUGCAGACAAGAUGUUUGAAAUCCUUUUCACCAAUUCCCACUUCAUGCAGAGGUUCCUCAGCUCCAGGAGUAUAGUAGAUGCAGUAUCAACUCCGUGGAACAGAGACACCAGUGGUAACCAGCUGAGGACUUUGACCUACACUAUAACGAUCAACAAUCCACUCUGUGGGAAGUUCACAACUGCCACUGAAAAGCAGAUCCUGCAUAAACAGAGCCAGAAAGGCGAGUCUUACCAGGUGGAUGCAGAGGUGCUGACCCACGACGUCCCCUACCACGACUAUUUCUACACUGUGAACCGGUACUACAUCAGCCGCACGUCCAGUCACAAGUGCCGGCUACGGGUUUCCUCAGAAGUCAAGUACAAAAAACAGCCUUGGGGCCUUGUCAAGUCUGUAAUUGAGAAGAACACCUGGGGAGGAAUACAGGAGAACUUCAAACAGCUUGAAUCGGAACUGCUAAUGGAGGAAUAUGCAAUCAGUCAAUCCAUAGAAGAUUCUGGAAAACUAGUUGCCUUAAGACGAAGACGACGCACUUUACACCGGGGUUUGGCGGAAUCGCUUCCCAAACGCUCCUCCCAGCACUCCUCUGGUGACAUGGGGCUAGAGCCACAGGGUGGCAUAGUAGAAAGAAAAAGAGAUCCUCUAAGUAGGACCACCACCAUCAUCGUAGUCAUGAGUAUCUUUUUGCUGCUCUUGGUUUUGCUGAACAUAACACUGUUUCUCAAACUGUCAAAGAUUGAACAUGCAGCUCAGUCCCUCUACCAUGUCCAGCUUCAGGAAGAAAGCACCCUGAACAUAUCUCCAGAAAUGGUAUCAAAAGAAGAGAUCCCUCAGUAUGAUAAGGAGCAGGUUAAGCAUGUGAAGGGAGUGCUGAGAGAUUCAAUUGAAAUGCUUGAACAGCUUAAGACCUCUCUUUCUAUGCUCCAAAGAAGCUUUGACCACUUGAACAAGACCCAGAGUGGGAGGACUGAGAGUUAAGACCUGCAUCAGCCUUCAGUUCAAGAUGUCAGAAGAAAGAUGAUGAGAGAUGGAGGACUUGGGGAUAGGGGUUGUCACUGUCAUCCUUGGACUUUGGGGGCUCAAAAGCUGCGCAGAAUAAAGGUUGUUGGAGGAAGUAAGGUGGGUUCUGCGUUCCUAUAGCUCUAUGAUCUGCCCCRAGGGCUGGCCCCGUGUGUGCUGGGCGGUUUUGUUUUCUCGUGAGCGUUGCAGAGCUCUGAAGUCCUAGCAUGAAUAAGCGAAGGCAGUUGUGCUGCGUGCUGUCUGAUCUGCAAACUGCGGAGGAGAGGGAAGCGCCCUAAGCAGGGAGAGCUGUGCCUGUGUUUAAUGCAAUCUCAGCUUCUUGUGUUGACUGGRAAAAUGACCAUCAAUCAAAAAUGUUCUGGAGAAAAGUAACAGGUGGUGGUUUGAAACCUACAGGAUAUUUAUAUGCUUCUCAGACAUGUGGGCCCUGUGAAACAAGUCAUCAUCUUUAAUGAUGA